AUGAGGUGGCCGACCUACUGGCCAAGGGUCGUUUUAUUACUUCUUAUUAUUGGCUUGGAAGGUCACAGGUGGUCCUAUAACCAUGCCGCGGGUUUGGCAGAGGGUGCAGAAUGGACAACCGCCCGCAAGUUGGAUGCAAGAGAGCGGACCCGUAAUUUGUGGUACCACGGCUUCGACAAUUACAUGCGCUAUGCAUUUCCCCUAGACGAGCUUGCUCCUCUCUCCUGCAGAGGAAGAGGGCCGGACUGGCACAAUCCUGGAAACAUUGCAUCUAAUGACGUUGCCGGCAACUUCUCAGUAACUCUCGUGGAUACCCUCGACACCUUCGUUGUUCUGAAUGAUCGCCCUGGAUUCGAGGCUGCUGUCCGAAAUGUCAUUGACUACGUAUCUUUUGAUAUCGACACAAAACCUCAGGUGUUUGAAACUACCAUACGUGUGCUUGGCGGCCUGCUCUCUGGACACUUGUUUGCAAGGCAAACGGGCCAACCUUUCUACCUGCCCUGGUACCAUGAUGAACUCCUCUCCAUGGCUCGUGACUUAGGGGAGAGGCUGUUGCCUGCGUUUGCAACUCCUACGGGUAUUCCUUACGCUAGGCUGAACUUACGACAUGGGAUACCUAGAGGGGAGUCCGUGGAGACAUGCACGGCUGGCGCUGGAUCACUCAUCCUGGAGUUCGGCACACUUAGCCGCCUCACUGGCGAUCCCCGCUUCGAGAAAGCCGCAUAUAAGGCUUUUUUUGCCUUAUGGAAUCGUAAAUCGGACAUUGGUCUCGUGGGUAACACGAUACAUCUCUGGACUGGGUCCUGGAUCCAACCAGAGAUAAGCAGCAUAGGAGCAGGAAUCGACUCUUUUUAUGAAUACGCUCUGAAAUGGUACAUUCUGAGCGGCGAGGUCGAGUUUCUGGAUGUAUGGCAGGAGUCGUAUGCGGCCGUCAUGCGUUAUGCUCGUGCCCCUGACGGAUUUUCCUAUCGCAGUGUAAACAUACAUACGGGAGAUAUGGCCUAUUCCACCUUCGACUCGUUAUCCUCGUUUUGGCCUGGGCUGCAGGUCUUAGCAGGAGAUAUCGAGAACGCAAUCAAGUCUCAUCUGACCUAUUGGAACGUUUGGAAAACCCUUUCUGGUCUCCCUGAAGUGUGGGAUAUGAGCUUUCGACAAGCGACGUCAUUCCAAUAUCCACUGCGACCAGAGUUCGUGGAAUCGACCUGGUACUUAUACCGUGCAACGCGUGACUCGUUCUACCUAGAUGUGGGAGAACGUAUUUUGUACGAUAUCACCACUCGGGCCAAAGUGCUUUGUGGUCUCACUGGAAUUCAGGAUCUUCGCACGAAUGCACGCGAUGAUCGCAUGGAGUCAUUUGUUCUCUCGGAAACUUUGAAGUAUCUUUAUCUGUUGUUUGACGAAGCGAACCCUAUUCACUCUGAUGAUUCCAACUACGUGCUGACGACCGAAGGGCACAUCCUACGGCUUAGUCAAGAUAUGCUCAAACCGAUGUCGUCUGCGCGCCGCAAGCUCCGGGGUGUUGAACAUCCUCAGUGCCCUGCCUACCAACCUCCCCUCCUGGCAUAUGACGAUUGGAAUGCAGAGUCUGGGAUCAUAGGCGGCAUACGCUCCCGGGCCGACAUGGAUUAUGCCCGACAGCUCAUCGGAACGCGUCCCUCGGAUAGUGAGAUAAAAGCUUGGUCUCCAGGAGGAUGGUGUGCUCGACCAAAAUACAGCCUCUAUUCAUUCGAUUUUAUCUUGUCUCCGAAGGGAGAGGUAGUCCCCGAAGAUGAACAUCCUUCCGUGAAAAAGGUUAUGACUGUUACGGACGGCUACCUUUUGCAGAAUGUGACCGGUAUUCGGGCUCACAUCGUCAGCCGUCUCGACGGCAAGGGCUACGACGUGACCAAACUGGGUCCGUACGCUGUGAAGACCGGACAGUUGGUUUACGUGAAUGAUCCUGAGCUUAUCCUCACUCCAGUUGACGACAAGGCCAGCCAAGGGCACCCUCGCGUCCCAGAGGUUGAGCUGCGUUUCUUCGUGGAUCACCUAGACCCUCUCUUCCAUUUGCAGCCGCACGGAGCACCUACAGAGAUAUUCGUCACAGCAUCUACUGCAUUAUUUGGAGGGGACCCGACCAUUCAACCUCCUCCUUCAGAAGCGGCCCCCCCGUUUGGACGUGGAGCAGGCGUGCCAAUUAUCCGUGAUCCCGCGAAUCCACUCGGAUGUCAGCCAUAUUCUCGACGAUUCAGCGAUCAUGCAGUCGUUGUACAGCGCGGAGACUGCACCUUCUUGGAAAAACUGGUGUUGGCGAAGGCGGCGGGAGCGUCUGGCGUCGUGGUCCUCAAUGACGAAGAUUCCAACAUCAAUCCAUCCACUGGCCAAAGCGAGCUUGAGCUCGUCGGUGAUGCUGUGGAUGAUGCCGUGAUUGUUGUGCUCAGACAGUCGGUUGCGAAGGUCGUCACAGACCUCAUGGACGCUGCAGAUGGAUACGGGCAACUCAUGAUGGCUGUUGAGCCGGAAGGUCAGUUCGUAACUGAGAGUACCUCCCGAGAUCCGAAUCGUGUGCUGUAUCUAAAUGGGCAUCCGUUGCUUAACACGAGGUUAUUGGUCUAG